GGCAGCGCGCCCGCCGUCUCUUACAGCAGCUCCGGUAAAGGCGGGGUCGGGUCUUCUACAGCCGCUGCGGCGCUGCCCCUCCCCACAGCAGCGCUUGGGCAGCUAAUGCCAGCAGGCACGAGAGGGGCUGUUUGAUCCGCCUCGGCUCUGUGAGCGCGACCGUCCCCGGGCAGGGAAAGGUGAGCGCCCCGGGGUGACCGAGUGUGGCCUCCCCCUGCUCCCAGGCCCCCAUGAUGGCGACUGCUGUCCAAAAACGGAGAAUCCAACUAACUGGAUUUAAGAAACAAGAAAAGGCGGCUAUAGUUGAAUUACUACUUACACUGGACUGUGUUUUUAUUGAUACUGAGCAAUACAGAAAUUGCACACAUCUUAUAGCAAAACAGCUUUCCAAGAGUGAAAAGUUCUUAGCAGCUUGUGCAGCAGGAAAGUGGAUACUAACUAAGGACUACAUAAUUAAUAGUGUUGAAAGUGGCAGAUGGCUUGAUGAAACAACUUAUGAAUGGGGAUAUAAAAUUGAAAAAGGCUCCCAUUAUUCACCUCAAAUGCAAUCUUCACCUAAAAGAUGGCGCGAAGAACUAACAUGCUCUGGUGCUUUAGGGGCCUUCCACAGAUGGAAAGUUAUCCUCCUUGUGAAAGAAGGUGAUAAACGAAGGGAUUCUAUCACAAGAGUUCUAGAAGCUGGAAAGGCAAUUAUAUAUCCACCACAAAAGGAAGUGAGAGCUGUUACUCAUGUAUUCACUGAUAAUAAAAGUGUCAGCAUAGAGAGAGAGAAACAUCUCUUUGAGGCUCCAUAUUAUCCUGUGCAAUACAUAGGGGAUUAUCUUUUUGAGAAUGAAAUACAAAAUAUUACUGAAGAUAACCAGAUGAACCAUCUUUUAGCUGAACAAGAAGCCAGAGAUACAAUGUCUGACAUGCAACUUGUUGAAAUGAAAAAUGCAUUAAUAAAGCAUAUAUAUUUUGCUCAGACUGUGAAACAGAAGUCUACUCAAAUAGACCAACUGAGUGGAUGUGGUACAGAGGUUAAAACUGUUGACCUCUCCAGAGGUAUAUUGUGUAUACUUGAAGGACUAGUAGAAGGACAUUUCUUUACUGAUGUAAUCACAGAACUUGCUGCUACUCAAAAAUACUCCAUCCCUCCUGUGCAACUUCUUCAUUCUCUUCUAGAGCAUAUGCUACAGGGAAAUACAGACACAGCAUUCUCUGCUAAAUUUUUUCACAUCUUGUAUAUUCUUCUUCAACUUGAUCCUCCUUGGAAGUCUCCUUCGAUGUUAAGAUAUUAUCUGGAAUUUCUUCAGUGUCCUAUUUGCAUGAGAGGAACAUGGUCUCUGGUAGAGAUGCUUGUGAGAUCUUGCCUUUACUGCAAAAGUUUUUGUCAUGCAGUCUCUGUUUCAGAAAAAAUAAGUGACCAGAGGGUGGUUCACAAAGCAUUACUCAAGUUUUUCUUUAAUUUAGUGAAUGCUGAAGUACAGGCUUUAACAAGAAGAUUAUGUGAAGGGGCUAAUUCACAGCUUCUGCAAGUUAUGCCACAGACAGUUCUUCUGAAGACCUUUUGGUUGGGAAGUGAAACCUCUCUGCUUUUUACCAAACAGAUAAAUAUUCUGGUAGAUUGGGUCAUACAUUCCUAUAGAGAAAAGUUCAAAACAAAUGAUGUCUUCAAAGAUGAAGUAGCUAUGCUGCUAACUGGAAUUCUUGGAACUGUAGUAGAAUAUUGGAUUCUUUCAGGCUUCAUGAUGGACAGAAAUGUGUUGCAUCAAGUGGCAGAUGACCUGGCAAAUUACAUUGCCAUUUCAUGUGAUGACUUUUCAACACAGGAAUUAAAAAUGUUCAUUUGUUCCAUACCAUCUCUCUGGCUUCAAAUGUUUGUUGCGGAGGCAGUCUUUAAAAAUUUAUGUUUACGGAGGAACAUUACUAUAUCUGCCAAACCUCUUUCUCUUCACAAAAUAGUUUGUUCCUAUUUGCCUGCUUUAGGAGAAGUAGGUAUGCAUGAGACUGGGAAAGUGCAGAAAGUGAAGAAAAAGAAAAUAGGGCAGUGGCCUUGCCCUGAGUCUCAAAGGGCAUUACUGAUGCUAAAUGGUGAUAAGCAGAACCAAGCCAAACUGCUGCCUGAUCUACCUGAACUGAUCUUCAAUAAAUUCCCUCCAUUAUCAAAGAAGUUAAGGAUGAAAGCAGAAGUUGAGGUAUCAAACACCAAAGAGAAUCGCCACCCUUUGGAUGAAGAGAUGCACUUUUACAAGACUAAUAUUAAAGGAGAGACAGCCCUGCAUAUAGCUUGCAUAAGAAACAAAGUGGAGAGACUGAUUCAGCUUCUCCCUUUCCCUGGAACAGACAUUAAUGUUAAAGACUAUGCUGGCUGGACGCCUUUGCAUGAAGCCUGUAACCAUGGUAGCACAGUGUGUGUCCGUGAAAUUUUGCAGCGUUGUCCAGAGGUAGACCUGCUCAGUCAAGUGGACGGGGUGACUCCUUUGCAUGAUGCACUGUCAAACGGACAUGUAGAAAUUGGCAAACUGCUACUUCAGCAUGGGGGACCACUGCUCCUACAGCAGAGGGACUUUUAUGGGAAAUUGCCACUGGAUUAUGUGGAGUCCCUAGCAGUAAAACAAGAACUUUUGGAUAUUGUCCACCCAGAAGAGACUGUCAAGGACUUCUAUGAACGUGUGGAAAAAGAUUUCCACAGCCAGCAAAGAGAACUUUGGUUAAUUUUAUUUAAUAAGUUGUUGCUAAAUUUUUGUUCAGUUUAUAACUUAUCUUCACCCUCUCCUUUACCUUUUAAAGAAGUAGCCCACUUAAAUUCACUUCCAUUAGUAGCUAUUAAUGGCUGUAAAUUGAAAAGUAGGUCUCUUACUGAUUGGUUAGUAGAUCUUUAUGUUGGAGAGCUACAGACUUUCCAGAAACUUCCAGAGUUUAUUCAGGAAAUAUCUGAGAACCUAAAAAAAUCUUUUGGAGAACAGGUACAUCCCUUACUGGCAACACUAGAAACUAUGGCAAUGGCAACUCAGCUGUCUACUUUUCAUCUUUCUAACCAUUAAGAUCAGUUCUAUUGGUUCAGUUGUGAUAGUUUAUCAUGGACACUGGCGAUAUUCAUUCUUGUGGAUACAGGAGUACACAUGGCACAUCCUACGCCAGGCUGGCCUAGUGCUACCUAAGAAAUAUUCCUUUUGAUCCCUUCUGGCAUCUUAAAGUGCUGAGCCAAGGCUUCCAUAGUCCCACUGAAGGAAGCUGCAGUGUGGAAGUACUGAAUAAAUGCACCUCCUAGCCACUACCCCUCGGUGGCCAAUGCCAUCAACUUUUCAGGCUGAACUGAAUGCCUGUGGCUCUCUCAGCAGAGCAGAGUUCACUUGCACCAUAUCAACCCCUCUUUUUUCCCCUUCUAGCACAUUUUCUGUCAUGAGGAACUUUGUGCCAGAAUUCUUGCUGGUUUCAAGGACGUUGACCCUAAAAUUUGUCUGAUUUAGACAUUACAGUUGGUUACUUUUUUCCAGGGUGUACAGUUAUGCCUGCUGUUCUCAUGUGACUAACUUUUUGAAUAGCUGUCAAAUAAAUAAAACAAAAAUGAAAAAACUACUACUACAAUUAUCCAUUUUUCUUAUAUCAUCAUCCUGGGAAAUGCAUAUCUUUAAAAUACAUUUAAAAAUUUAGCUCAAAAGUUAGUUUUUAAAAUUUUGUGUAUUUACAGUACCAGUUUACAGUACUUCCCAUAUUGUCCUUACUGAUUUUGUAUCAAAGGAUAUUGACAACGUUUUUCAUGCAAAUGAGCCAUUAAACUUUCUACUAGCUUUCUGUAGUAUUGUGGUGCUCACUCAUUCAUACCUGUAUAAUGAUCAGCUUGACUCAGAUUGUGAGCUACAUUAGAACUGUGGUUGGCAGAGCUGAAUCAGGAAGGGUUAAAAGGAACCAAGCUUCCUUUAUGCUUUCCAGAUUCCUAAGGCUGCUGUGGCCCAGUUUGGCCUCCAACAUAAGUUACACAAACUUGGGGCUUCUCCAAACUAUGCUGGCUUGUAAUAGCCCUAUAUAAGUCUGUGUCACUGGCAGGGAUUUCCAAAGCAUGAAAUGCUGUGAUGACAUCCUCAAGCCUGCGGUGGUACUUGUACAGAACUGACAUUUUAGUAGCUGGGGGUCUUACCCUAUCAGGAUAUGGCAGUUUUAAGGUAGCUCCAUGCUGCUUAUUUGAAGUUGGGGUGCCAGCCUCCUUAAAAAUUGCAGCCCCAUUAAUAUUAGGAUUUUGUCCUCAGUACUAAGAAUAUAUGAAUACUAGACAAGAUAAAUCCUCUAAACUGAUAAACUAAUCCUCUAACCUAAUUUAGGAUUGUGUCCUUAUAAAGUAUUAUAUUGGCUGUGUUUAGUAAUUAAUUAUACAGAAGGGGCAAAUCCUGCCUCCUCCUUCAAAUGUACAAAGACUGGUGAUUCUGAUUCAUAAGAGGAAGGGCUGAAGGAGGACAGAAUUUGGGGAAUCCAUACUGUGCUGCCCUGCACAGGGGAAUUGAGAAUGGGAUGGCAAUGGGGGAUCUGCCAAGAUAUGGAUACUCUUCACGCCCAACUCAAUUUAGGCUGAGGUCUGGGAAAGGAAUUCACCCCAUAAAGGAAAAUACAAAGAAAUGCUGCUUUAUAAUAAGGAUACCUACUGAAAUAGUAUGACAAAUUAUAAUUCAUUAAAAGAUUAAGAAUAAUCUAAAAUCUUAACUGUCAGAGGAGUGGGCUGAUUAGUAAUGUUUCAAUUUGCAGUUCUUUUCUAAUAGCAAUGUAUAGUGUUAAAGAAACUAAAAGAAAAGGGGAUAAUAGCCAUUUCUGGAAUUGGUGUUGCUUGACUAGAGGGAAUAAGUUACAUUGAUACAGCUGGCUGAGGCACAUUAAAACUUCCAUUUAGCCGUCAUGCAAUGGAGACAUGAACUCAGCAAUAAAUCCACUGAUGAUGCUCAGGCUGGUUUGGUCUUGGAACCAGAUAUUUAUUACAAAUGUUCAGUGGUUAUUAAUGACUGAUUAUUUUUAUUAGGCAUGUAUAUUGAGCAAACUGUUCUAGUGAGGAUAAGGAGUCCUCUUAGGUUAGAUUUGUUUGUUUUGAGCAUUUUGACUUUUCUACACUCUGAUACUUUACAAUAAAAUAAAACUUUGUUGCAGAUGAAAUGUGAUAGCAAUUGUAAUUUCAGUGUAUGCUGUAGUAAACAGGCAUAGUGAAAGUGUUCUUAUGUACAGAUGUUGCAAAGAAUGCAAAAUAUGCCCUUAAUUGGUCACAUUAGAUUUUUUUUUUUUUUAAAUCAUGAAUUUGAGACUCAGUUACAUCAUCACGCCAUAGCAAGCCACAGCAAAAGGAUAGUGGUAAUACUCGUAAGGUGUUGGUUCAGACUUCAGAAUAAAAAAAAUCUUAGAUACAGAGAUGAAAGCCUUCAUGGCUUUUCCUUGACCUGAUGGAGAUAAUUUCUUUCUUGCUUCCUUAAACUUACAAUAUAUUUCCUAUCACAGCUACUUGCUAUUUUGUCAUUUAGUCAGGGCAACAAAGAAUAGUACAACUACCAAUUCUAAGACCUGUUUAUAUAUAAAAUUUAUUUCGAGUGUGUCUGUAUAGCAUAUCUGUAGAACUACCAUGAUUGGUGCUCUCCUGCAAAGCUAAACAUGGAUAGGAGAGUCUGGGCUGUGCCUGUAAGACAGUGGAUCUUAUAGUGGCUUUAAGCCAUCUUUGCACCACCUGGACCUUGAGCUGCUCUGCUGCACUCUGCAUAAUUUAGACAGCCCUGGUGGCCCUGUCAGAAUUAUGGCAGCCUGUCCUUAGCUGCCUAAGGGCACAGCACAGCCCUGUCUGAAAUCUCCGUAAUGCUACAAAGUGCAGCCCCUCCUGCAGCAUGCCAAGACUGGUCCUCUGAAAGCAACCUUAUGACACUUUUUUCUCCAGUUCCUGCACCACAGGAAUCUUCUCCCAGCCAGAGUUUGAAGAUAAGAAUGAUUCCAUACCCCAGUGGCUGGGCACUAACCUGAACAUAAGAACGGCCAUACUAGGUGAGACCAAUGGUCCACAUAGCCCAGAAUCCUGUAUUCUGACAGUGGGCAGUGCCAGAUGCUUCAAAGAGAAUGAAAAGAAUACGGAAAUUAUCAAGUGAUCCAUCCUCUGUUGUCCACUCCCAGCGUCUGGCAGUCAGAUGUUUAGGCACACCCAGAGCAUGAGAUUGCAUCCCUGAUCAUCUUGGCUAAUAGCCGUUGAUGGACAUAUCCUCCAUGACUUCAUCUAAAUCUUUUCUGAACCCGGUUAUACUUUUGGCCUUCAAAAUCCUGUGGCAACAAGCUCCACAAGUUGACUGUACGUUGUGUGAAAAAGUAUUUCCUCAUGUUUGUUUUAAACCUGCUGCCUAUUAAUUUCAUUGAGUGACCCUGGUUCUUGUGUUAUGUAAAGAGGCAAAUUACACUUCUCUAUUUACUUUCUCCGCACCAUUCAUAAUUUUAUAGACCCUUAGACAUCUUUCCCCCCCCCCCCCCCCAAAAUGAUCUUUUUAAUCUCUCCAUUUGAAAGCUGUUCCAUGCCCCAACCACUUUUGUUGCCCUUCUCUGUACCCCUUCCAAUUCUAAUAUGUUGUUUUUGGGAUGGGGUGACCAAAACUGCACACUCAAGGUGUGGGCGUACCAUGGAUUUCUAUAGUGGCAUUAUGAUAUUUUCUAUUUUAUUAUUGGUUCCUAGCAUUCUUUUAGCUUUUUUUGUCACUGCAUAUUGAGCAGAUGUUUUCAGAGAACUGUUUACAACGUCUGCAAGAUCUUUCUUGAGUGGCCAGAUCUAAUUUAGACUCCAUCAUUUUGUAUGGAUAGUUGGGAUUAUGUUUUCCAAUGUGCAUUACUUUGUAUUUAUCAACAUUGAAUUUCAUCUGUUAUUUUGUUGCCUAGUUUUUGUGAGAUCCCUUUGUAACUCUGGCUUAAAGUCCUUGGUCCAAUGAUUAUUCAAUUAGUUAUACAAAGUGAAACAGCCUCAGCAGGAGAAACUGCAAGAAUCCAAUCCACCAGCUAUUGCUAUCCAGUAGCCUAGCUAGCAGUCAGGGCACUCAUCAGAGAGUGUCCCAGAGUGAGAACCUGGAUCUCUCACAUCCCACUACUAGUGGGAUAAAAUGUGACCACUCAACCUCUUGUGGUUUUGUGACUGCUACCUACAUCUCUUUGGGAAUCAAAAUGAUUCAUUCUGAUACUGUUCAAACACACCUUUUCAACACUUCCAUUUUUUUUUCAUUUAGACUGAAACAAUUUGCUGAAAUUGACGUGAAUUCACAGAAUGUUUUGGUCAAUCCAAAUCUGCAUUCAUUGGUGAAAACCUACUGUCAGUGUAACAGGUACAUUCAGGAUAUCCAGGCUUGUUUGAUCCCCUUUACGCUGAUCUGCUCCCUUUCCCAGUAAUGAGCUCAUCCAGAGUUGACACAGUGCACCAUAUCUGAAUAAAAGUUGGCUAUAAAGGUUUGUAGCACAAAGGAGGUGCUUUUGUGCAAUCUUCUGACAUUUCUUUGCUUUAACCCUACCUUACAUGUAUUCAGGAUAGCAAAUUCAGUAAUUUUAGAAUCCUUUAUAUGUUCUAAUUCUUGCCUAACACAUACUAUAUUUCUAGUAAAUUAAUAGGAAAAUCUACCUUUUUUCUGAAAGCAAAACUUUUACGUGAAUUAAUAAUUGCAGUAAAAUGAGACCUAAGUUGAUGAAAAAUAAAUUUGUUUGAUUUUUUCAUCUCCAGUACUGAGGAGAUUCUUCAUUUCCUCCUGAAGUUUUGAAGAAGCUGUUUCCUUGCAGACCCUUCUUUCUCCAUUGGAAAAGUACCCCUUGUCAUGAUACCUUGGUAGGCUGCCCUGUUGUCCCAUUUCUAGGUCUCCCUGAGUACACCCCACAUAGGUAUCAGAAAUCAUCUCUUUACCUUUUCUGGGAUGGAAUUCCACAAUUCACCCACUCUCAGACCGGGUUCUGGGUUACAACCCCCUGGAUAUCAAGUGUGACUAAUUCAGCAGAUUUAACUGGGGUUGGACCCUGCAAAGGUUCUCUCUUUCAGAGUCUGUGACAGCAUGCAUUUGCAGUGAGAUAGAAACAGCUUCUUCAAAACAAAGCCUGAUUUAUUUUGCCCAAGAGGUACUCGGCACUUAGAGAAGUGGAUUUAAAAUAACAGUGACCUUAUCUAAGUGUAACCUUUCUAUCCAUAGCUCAGGCCAGUCUGUCUUAUUCUCCCUUGUAAAUUGGGAGAAACCGCCUACUUUCUUGUAAUCUUCUCCCUCUGUUUCUGAAGGCUGUCAUCCUCAGGGUACCAGUCAGUGAGUUUAAUAUUUAAUACCAGUUAAUUGUUUGUUUUUGUAAAGUGCUGUGCAAAUCCAUCAUGCUGUUUAAAGAAUAUAUUUUGUUGGAAAUUUACAAUUCCUUGUCUUCAGUAUUGAAAAUUGCUGUGUCAAAAAUUGAAUUUGAACUGUAGGCCUUUGCUGACCUAUAUGCUUGCUUUUAAGGUUUCUCUUGAACUUGAUGUUAUUGAAUGUACUGGAACAUAAUGGCAUAUAAUAUUUAACAUAAUAUUUAAGUUGGGAUGAUAUAGUGUUGUAAUAUUUCUGAUUAAUAUCAUGGUGUUUUGAAAACAGGCUCAAUAAAUAGGCUAACUUGAACACAAA